AAUUGUAGUAUUUCAGAUUAUACGUCAGGGGCUAAAAGAAUACAAAAUAUUAGGAACCAAGGAAGUUCGUUUAUAUAUACAUCGCGGAUUCGCAGCCCCUCGAAAUCGCUCUUAAAGCAAAUCGAAAGAAUUAGGGUUUGUUUGCUCUUCAGUUGGCUUCGGGAAAGUUUCUUUCCAGAGACGAAGAACUUGGAGUUUAUCAACCAGCGGCGGAGGAUCGAGGAAUCGACGGAGAAGAAGUAGCGGACAAAGACGCCGACCAAGGAAAGUCAUCCUCUUCCAGCGAAAUGUCAUCCCUAAACCGGGAUGGACUUCAGUUUGAUGACCUCGACGCCAAUUACGAGUCCGGAGAGGAUUACGAGUACGUGCGCAGCGCCGAGUCCGACGAGGCCGAUUCUGACGGGUCCGAAUCCGAGCCCGAGGGGUCGGGGUCAGGGUCCGAGUCCGACUGGUCCGAACACCACGCUUUCCUGUUCGAUCCUUUUUUGGAUGAAUGGUCUAUAAAAAAUGAGGAAGAAUUGGAGAAAUAUUAUGAUGUGGUAUUUAAUUUGGAGAAGACAAGAGGCCGUUUUUUUAACUGUCUUGAAGACUUGAAGACUGGUGGCGUUUUCUACAGAUCUGUUAAGAACAGGGUGAAUACUGCUAUUAUUCACUAUAACAAGAAAAAUCAAACUGGCUUUAGAGCAGGCAAGAUUUUGAAUUGCGUUCUCAAUGCAGCUGGGGGUGCCAAGCUCUAUUUGACCUUUGUGGCCAAGGAUUUCAAUACUGGUGAUGUGCGGGAAUUCCAAGCGUGUGUGUAUGAAUCUGCUGCUGGGGGUGAUAGGAGAGUCAACCUUUGCAGGCUUAAAAUUCCUAAGGAACCAUGCGAGGGUGAUGGCAAAUGCAUUUGAAGGAGGUUUUUUUUAAUUUCAUGAUUGACUUGGGAAUUGAGUGGAUGAUUGGAAUCUUUGGAAAAGUUACCUUGCGUGGUCUGGAUGGUAAUUUUGAACUUUAUAGUGACCUAUAGAUUCCACACUUGGAUAGAAUUGGUUGUAACCUCGUACGUCCUGAAAAGAUAGGGUGGAGUGAAAAAACUACGAGUAAUUGUGACUCAGUUGGGUUUGCUACUGAACUAAGGCACGCUUAGAUAUGUUUUUAAGUUUGCUUGACGAUUAUGAUGGUUGUAAGGUGACAGUAACUUUUAGAUAUGCAGAUCUUGUCAUUGUACCUCCACCUGGAGUUAGUGUCCAAGGAAGUUCGUGGACAGGAUCAUUAGGUACACAAACUUUAUGCAUGGGACGCUUUACGAACACGGACCAUGAGUUUUACCAG